CAGCAAUCUUUUCUUCUUUUUCCCAUUCGCAUUGCAGUUGUUUUUCAACCUCUACCUUUAUCUAAUUCCGGCCUGAGCUUUUCUUAAUUCCAAGGGCAUUACUCUACGCUGAAAAAGAAAUGCCGCUUCUAGAUGUGCGUGUUGCAAUAUACGCCUAUGCGGCAGCCGACGCUGACGAGCUAAACCUGAACGAGGACGACGUCCUGUAUAUUAUCAACAGCGACGACCCCGACUGGCUGCAGGCGAAGCGGAAACCAGUGCAAAUUGACGACCCAGACGAGGUCGGGCUUGUGCCUGAGAACCACACCAAACCUCUCGACCCGAUUGCGCGCGGUAAGGCAUUGUAUGACUACGAGCCGACGCAGGACGAGGAAACGACGCUUGCCGAAGACGAGGACAUUGAGAUCCUCGAGGAAGACGAUCCGGACUGGUUCAUGGCCAAGACCCGCGGUGGGUUCGGGUUUGUCCCUAAAUCCUAUGUUGAGGUUACUGGCGACAUCUCACCCGCUUGGAAUGGUGCGACGGACCAUCAGCCCGACCCGGCUCGCAGCGCACCAGAGCCGGAACCGGAGACUGCUCAGGGAGCGGCGGCCCCUCCUCCGCUUCCCCCACCACCCUCUCCUCCACCAGCUCCACCUGUCCAGCAACCAAGUGAGAGUCCGCGGGCAGUUGUCGAGCCGCCCGCAGUGCAGGCUCCUCCGCCUCCACCACCUCCGCCUCCACCGCCUCCACCAGCGGCUACUGACACAGCACCACCGAAAUCGCCUAUUGCUCCUCAACUUGUAUACCAGCAACCAGCGACAAUCUCACACUUCAAUGUAAUCGAGGGCAAGAAGAAGAAGGGCCCCAAGGUGGUGCUGAGCAUCAGCAAUGACGCUUUGAUAGUCGAUGGCAACGACGAUAUGACCCCACCGAAGCGCUUCAACAUGGCGGAUGUCGCUCCAUGCACAAGCAAGAAAUCAGUUAUCGGUAUUGAAGUUGGCGGAUACUCCCCUGCAGCGUUUGACUUUUUGUGCUCAUCGAACGCAGAGGCCGAGCGCAUUGCUGAUGCCAUCAAUGCGGCGCGGCGCGGUAUGUUUGUUGGAGAACGCACGCUUGAGUCACAUGAGGAAGCUGCGCAGCCCCCGCGGCUUCCUCCCAAGGAUGAGGUUCACCCGGCCAAGCCGGCUGCCACCUCCCCGCCACCAAUCUCGCCAAUGCCAUUCCAGACACAUGCUCAGGGCGCGCGCGAGAACGCCCUGGUUCUAUACGACUUUGGUAGCGACGAUCCAGAGGAGCUCGAGGUACGUGAGGGCGACAGAGUAUUGGUGCUCGACAAGUCAGACCCCGAGUGGUGGCAUGUGCAGCUGGACCCGCCCAACGGCAGAGCUGGCCUAGUACCCUCAAGCUAUUUGGAGCUUUCAGACGAUGAGGUAGCCGGGCCUGCCCAACCUGUCAUCCCGCAGCUGCCUACGCGCACCGAGACUGUUCGGCGCGCUGCAUCGCAGGUGCAGAUGAGCAGCAGUGCAUCCCCAGUUCAGCAGACCGCUCGGGACGUCCAAGCACCUCCCCUGCCCCCACCACCUGCGCUUGCAUCCGAGCCGCCAUCAACGGGCACCACCCUGCGGCGACAGAAGACCACUGAUUCUGACAAUGUGCCACUAAAUGUGCUGCAGCGCCGCCAGGACUCGAGCCAGAAACCACUGCCUGGUCCCGAUCCAAGCAAGGUGCGUACAUGGACCGAUCGAUCGGGUGCAUACACAGUGGAUGCCCAGUUCCUGUCGUUUGACAGUGACGGGCGUGUGCAUUUGCACAAGACCAAUGGCGCGAAGAUUGUGGUUUCUUUGGCCAAGUUCAGUGAGGAGGACCGCCGCUACGUCGAUGGCGUGGCGAUGCCUCAAAAGCCGGCCAAAUCCAUGACCGCCCGCCAGCGCCAGCAGGAGGAAGCAAAGCGCAAUCCCGGAAAGCGGGUAAUCAACUAUGACUGGGACUGGUUUGACUUCUUCACGCUCAAAGGCGGAGUCAGCGCCGACAACGCACUAAAGUACGCUACGUCGUUUGUUGCCGAUCGCUUGGACGAUAAGUCCAUUCCGGAUAUUACCGCACAGACCAUGGAACAGCUGGGUGUCAAGCCCGAUGACAUCACGCGGCUUGUGCGUGCCUUCCGCAUCCACCAGGGCUUGGCUGAUGAAGGACCUAACCCGACAUCUGAUGAUUUCUUCAGCCAGCUCGAAGGAUCGAAAUCGCCAGUGCAGCAGAAACCGCAGAGCCCAGUACCGUACCAGCCAACUACGCUAGAGCCCAAGAAACCAGCGACUAACAACCCGUGGGGCGUUGAUUCGGAACUGGAUCGCCGAUUCCGAGCCAAGAGCCAGAUUGAGGAGGACGAAGCAUUUGCACGCCAACUUCAGAAAGAGGAGGAAGACAUUGCGCGUGGCAAGAAGCCAGUCACCAAGAAGCAGGCGAAUCCGUUUGCCUCGUUUGAUUCGCCGUCCCCUACGGCCUCUGGAAGCCAGCGCCCGCAGCCAGCGCCCGCAGCCAAUAAGCAGUCGCUGAACCUUGGUGCAGCCAACCGCAAGAUACAGAGGACCCCGACCUCGGUUGUUGAUCCAGCGCAGUUCCGCUCAACCCAGCAGAUGCGAGCAACCAGCCCGGUUACUCCGACCAGUGCGGUUCCGGCACGGUCCUCGAAUAUCAACGCGCUUGACCAGGCGUUUGGGUCUGGUGCUCCGUCCCCCCGCAGCCCGCCGGCCCAGAAGGAUGCGCCGCCAAGGCCACGGCCGUCGGCUAAGCCCCAGCACAUCCAGCAACAUCAGCAGCAGCUACAGCAACAGCCAAACAUCUCUGCCAGCAUGGCGCCACUAGUCGCCUCACCCGCCACCACUGCACCUGCCACCACAACGGCUGGUCUCGGCGGUCUGACCACCAACGCCAUGGCUGCUGCUGCUGCCGCUGGCAACAACGCACAGGUCGAGAAGCUUGAGCAGAUGGCGCGUGCCAAGGCCCAGGAACUGUCUGCGCAGGAGCUGCAGCUUAAGCAGCAGCAGGAGCAGAUCCGCCAGCAAGCACUGUUUUUGCAGCAACAGCAGCAGCAGCUUUUGCAGGCACAGCAGACACAGAAAGUUGAGCUGCAGCUGAAGCAGCUGAAGGAGGAGCGCGAGAAGCUCGAGCAGAAGCGCCAGGCAGAUGCGCUCAAGCAGCAGGUCGAGAUGCUGAAGCAGCAGCAGGAGCAGCUGCUCAAGAUGCAGCAGAUGGCAACACAGGUGCGUGGCAAUAUUGCUGCUGCCAGCAUGUCGCAGCCGGCGCUGUCGUCGACAAUGAACCCCAGUAUUGUAGCCCAGCAGCAGCAGCCAAAGCCGGUUAUGCAGCAGCAGAGCUCGUUCAUGAACCAGCCAGCGACUGUCUCGGCGUCCAUGACAAACGUGAAUGCUGUCCAGCAGCCCCAGCAACGCGCUAUGCCGCUAUCUGCCAGACUGCCUGCCCCGCUGGUCCCCACGCAGGCUGCAAAGCCAAUGGUAUCUCAGUCGCAAACCUCUCAGUUCCAGCAGUCGCAGAGCAACCAGUUCCAGCAGCAACCACAAACAGUGCAGUUCCAGCAGCAACAGCAACAGCAACAGGCACGGCAGGUGCAGCCGCAGUCUCAACAGUUCCAGAAUACCCAGCACACGACAACUGUCCAGCGCCAGUUCACAGGUCUCAGCUCUGGGUCAGCCGUCAACCUCAUGUCUGCCCCACACACGAUCACCAGCAAUCCUGCUGCCAGCUCAUCUACUACAGGCCUGAUCCCGCCCAACCCCGCUGGCAUGUUCAUGAACCAGGGACUCACAGGCUCCACACCCAACCUUGGUUCCUUUGCAAACAAGCCGUCUGUAUCAUCCAUGGCUGGGUUCUCAAACAUCAACGCAGCGCCUGGCCAAACCUUUAACCAGCCGCAGCAGAUGAACCAGUUCAACCAGUUCUCGUCACUCCAACAGCGGCCGAUGCAGAAUACAACGUCACCUCUCGGCAACCAGUCUAUGAACCCAUCGUUUGGCCACUCAAUGAGCCACUCAAUCGGUGGCCCGAUAGGCAACCAGGUGAUGGCCCAGACCAAGUACGAUAUGUUCAAGAAUGUCAGCCCACAUGCGCCAAGCGUGUUCUCGGGCGCCUCGCAGCCCAUGCAAUCAUCCAGCAUGGUAACUUCGCAAUUCAGCAGCACGACUACCAUGGGCAUGGGCGGUAUGAACACAUCACAGCCGAUGGGCAGCCGGCCAGCAGGCCCGACUGGCGUAUUUGCCAUGGCCAACCCGACUAUCAACCAGCAGCAGCCGAACAUGCUCCAGAACCAGAUGGUGAACCCUCAGCAACCGCAACAACAGUUCCAGCAACAGCAGAUGUUUAACCAGAACCAGCAGCAGGGUUUCAUGAACAACCAGAACAUGACCAACCCUGGCGGAUUCGGAACGCAGUGGCGGUAGAUCCCCGAGCCGUUUCACUGGACCUGCACUGCUUGUAGCUGUUUUUCCUGUAAGCUAUGCUCACAUUUUUAUAGCAUCUCCG